AAUACCACCUAUCCCUCCAUCUGACAUCUCUGGUCACAGUAACAGGUAACAACACCAUGUCUCAUUCAACGCUCCCAUAAGUGGGAAAAGAGAGAGAGAGAGAGAGAGAGAUAGAUAGAUAUUUCCUCUCUCCUUUCCUGCAGCUUUAACAUUGCUUUUGCUGUUGCUGUGUCAAACAUCAAACCCAACACAAACCCCUCCCUCAUGCGCGUGAGGCUGUUUCGGUGGAGGAGAUGGUAUCCUUCUGAGAGGUUUGGGUGUGGGUCUGGGGCGUUCUUCUACUAACUAAGAGGGGUGUCAUUAAUGGGUAAUUGUUGGUUUAGGGGGAACUCUUCCAUCCACAGAGUAUCUUCCAAUGCAAAAUCUGAAUCUCCGAAAGUCCGGAGCCCUUCAGCGAAGGAGGGGUUAAAAGAAGGCAGCAGACUGCCCUCGAACCCAAAAGAAGUCGAGGACUUGCGACGAGAUUCGGCCACGAAUCCUCUGAUUGCAUUCACAUUUGAAGAACUCAAGACAAUUACAGGGAAUUUUAGGCAGGAUUAUGUCUUGGGUGGAGGGGGAUUUGGAAGUGUUUAUAAAGGAUAUAUCACUGAAGAUCUUAGGGAGGGAUUUCAACCUCUGCAAGUUGCUGUGAAGGUUCAUGAUGGUGAUAAUAGUUUUCAGGGUCACAGGGAGUGGCUGGCUGAGGUUAUAUUCCUUGGGCAACUUUCGCAUCCGAAUUUGGUGAAACUGGUCGGAUACUGUUGCGAAGAUGAGCACCGAGUUUUAAUAUAUGAGUUCAUGCCUCGGGGUAGCGUGGAAUCAAAACUGUUUUCAAGGGUGUUGCUUCCGCUUCCAUGGUCCACAAGAAUGAAGAUUGCAUUUGGCGCUGCAAAAGGGCUUGCUUUCCUCCAUGAAGCUGAAAAGCCAGUAAUAUACCGAGAUUUUAAAACAUCAAAUAUUUUGCUAGACGAGGAUUACAAUGCAAAACUCUCUGAUUUUGGGCUUGCAAAAGAUGGGCCAGUAGGUGAUAAAUCUCAUGUUUCUACGCGCAUUAUGGGAACUUAUGGGUACGCAGCCCCAGAAUACAUCAUGACAGGGCAUCUGACUGCGAUGAGUGAUGUUUAUAGUUACGGAGUCGUCCUCCUUGAACUACUCACGGGCAGAAAAUCGUUGGACAAGUCCCGGCCGGUUCGCGAGCAGACACUCGCAGACUGGGCCUUCCCAUUGCUGACCCAAAAAAAGAAAGUGUUGAGCAUCGUGGAUGCUAGGCUUGAAGGCGACUAUCCUGUUAAAGCCGUCCACAAGACGGCCAUGCUGGCUUACCACUGCCUUAGCCGUAACCCAAAAGCACGGCCUCUUAUGCGAGACAUCGUAGAUUCUUUAGAACCUCUUCAGCAACCUGCAGAGACUUCUGUAGAGGCAUCUACAGCUGAUGUCAACUAAGUUCCUAUCUCAAAUGGCUCAUGUUUUAGGAAAAUCGUUAAAACUUGUUGAUCUUGCAGACCAAAAAACAUGGGUUUUGGUUUGGAUGCUUAGAUGCAUCCAUUGGUUGAAAUAGAUGCUUUUCUAUUUGGUUUGAUGUACAUGAUUUCAUUCACACUUCUGUAUAAUACCUCAGGGUAUUUAUUCUGCUGACGUUGGGGUUGACGUUGGGGUUGACGUUGGUAACAUAUAAUCUUUCUGGUAGAAUAUUCUCCGUAUAUUUUCUCUCCAUAAAGCAAACAAAGUAAGCACAAAAUAUGCAGUUUCUAAUGAUAAAUAUCUUGUUAUUGAAUGGCU